AUGUCACACGCGCUGAAGACCAAUAACAAUGAGUUGCGGAUCCGUUUGCACAGUGAGAAUGAGUUGAUCCCAAGAGGUAAUCAGUUCCGCAAACAGAUGAGUGAUAGUAGAGUCGGUGGCACUCCGUCGCCGCCCAAGUCGAGGGUCUUGUUGUCGAGGAAUCACUUCAACAAACCGUUGGCCAACCCGUUGUUUCCCGACGUGAAACCCAUGCCAUCGAUGUCUGUGACGAAGAGCUGUUACACCGGUUUCUCGCAGACGGAUGGCCACCGACUGCCCACCUCUGGACGCACUAUCGACUGCAGCGGUCGACUCAAACGACUCGAAGAGUCAGGUCUGCUUCAGAAGUUUCAAAACUUUAAGACCAAAAGCAUUCCUCUGGCGCUCGAGGAGGAGGACGACGACGACAUCCAAAAGAGUGACAAUGUCUUCACGGAUGGCCACAAAGACAAUCAGACAAUUGAGUUGAAGUCGAGCGAAGAGUUUGAGCCGCACUUUGUAUCGCAGAUCAGGGAUGAGGUGAGAAAAGUGAGUUCGCAAUCGUUUGGUACGCAAAGCUGUUCCCAAAGAAGCAAAUUGAGCGCAGAUUUGUGUAAAGACAAGAGUCAGCGAAAGUCUGGCACUGAUCUGAAGUCACAGAACAGUUCCAACAAGUGGUCCAAAGGGCCCAUGAAUUUGUCCAACAAAUCCAAUACAAAUCUUCGCGCGAAUUCACGUAAUAGUAAAUCAAAUGAAGACAUAAAAGGAGAUAAUUGUAAGAAUAGAGAGAACCGAAAGAGUUCUCUAAUUAGAGGCAAAUCUGAGGAGAGUUUGGAGAAUAAGUCAAAGGAAAGGCGUUCGCAGUCAUCGAAUGGUCGGCUCAGUAAUAGUGGUUAUGAUAAGCCAAAGGAUAGUAACUAUAAAGUGAAUGUCAGUAACAAUAAUAAGAGUCUUUUAAACCGAUGCCAAUCGCAGCCAAAUGUGGAUCGAAAGCAAUCCAAUAGUACUCAGAAUAACAGUAAUAAAAAUGUGAAUAAAAAUGAACAGAAAAACAGUAACAAUGAAAACAAUGACAACUCAAACAUCACACUGAAGUCUAUCCGAAAAAUAAAAGUCAACGACAAGUACUACCAGAUACUGAACUGUAUAGGACAGGGAGGCAGUAGUAGAGUGUAUCAGGUGUACGAGCCCGAAGAGCAGAUGACACUCGCCAUCAAAGUGGUGGACCUGAGCAGAGCUGACGAGCAGACGGUCUGCGGCUAUAAGAAUGAGAUAACAUUAUUGCAAAAGUUAAAGGACUGCAAACGAGUGGUGCGAAUGUAUGCACACGAGUACCAGAAUAAUGGCCAACAGUUGCUGGUGGUCAUGGAGAAGGGAGACUCGGACCUCAAUCAUGUGCUCAAGUCGUUCAUCGAGUCCGAGGAGAAGCGCUCACUCGACGCCCAUUUGAUUCGCUUUUAUUGGCAGCAAAUGCUCAAAGCUGUCGAUGAGAUCCACGCCAAAGGUGUGGUCCACUCGGACCUAAAGCCAGUGAACUUCAUAUUAGUUGCGGGGAAACUGAAGUUAAUUGACUUCGGCAUCGCGAACGCCAUUCAAGCCAACUAUACGUCUGUUUAUAAGGAGUCGCAGAUCGGAACCAUUAACUAUAUGGCGCCGGAAGCCCUUGAGAAUCGGUCGGACGUGAGGGGAAAGACUGUUAUUAAAUACAACUGUAAGGCCGAUGUGUGGAGUUUGGGCUGUAUUUUGUAUAAUUUGGUUUACGGUCGGACGCCUUUCCAUCACUUGAAUAACCUGUUCCAAAAGGCCAGCGCUAUACUCGACCCCAACCAUCAGAUUGAAUUCCCGCCCAUUGACGACCACUUACUGCUCGACUGCAUGAGGAAGUGUCUGCGACGAGACCCCCAUAGGAGACCCACCACUAAGGAGUUGUUGAAUCAUAACUAUCUGAUUGAGUCAAAGACUACCGAACCUCAGAAUGUGGCCCAGAAUGCACUCAUCUCUCAGAUUAAUAAUUUGACGCCAAAUAGGAUCAAACAGUUAUCGCAAGUUCUCGAGAAACUCAGCAAACAUUGA